AUGAGAUAUUCCGACGGGUUGGUGGGGUAUCUCCGUGGAGAGUGGGAAGAACGAGUGGUCGAGGCUCGAGGGAGACGGGGUUGGAAGCUGCGGAGCCAGGAGCGGGAUGUGGAGAGGGGGAAGAAGACAAGCGGAGGUAGGAGUUACCCGGACGCAAAAUGGGUUCGAACCGGUGUGCUAGCUACGGAAGCGGCCAUGGAAGUGGUUUCUUCCAGUCACUCUUGCUUGGCAUUUCAUCAAACCCCUACCAGUGCGCGGAGGUCUCUGGGCACUGGUCUUGGUCCGCGGCAUACCAAGCUUGCUCGGCCAAGAAAAAGCUCAGUUCUCUGUGUUGGGAGAGCUUCAAAUCCUGGUGAUUCAGGAAAGCUUAAUGUCAGCCGCAGCUUCGGUGUAAGCGAUGUCGAUGCUGCCCUCCAGGGCAUCUCCAAGAAGGUAGGCCAGAUCGAGAAAGUGGCGAUUCCUGGCCUGCCAGAAGGGCCAGACAGUUCUCAAAUCAGCACUGGUUUGUGGGAGUGGAAGCCGAAGCUGACGGUAUACUACGAGAAGUCUGGCACCAAGAAUAGCAAGGCGCCAGCAGUGCUUUUUCUACCAGGUUUUGGGGUGGGCACGUUCCAUUUUGAGAAGCAAUUGAUGGAUCUUGGCCGUGAUUACAAGGUGUGGACGAUGGAUUUUCUGGGACAGGGAAUGUCAUUGCCGUGUGAAGACCCUGCUCCUAAGGCCAUGGCAGGGGAGGAGGAUGAGGAAUCAUAUUGGGGUUUUGGACAAGAUUCGCAACCAUGGGCAGAUGAAUUGGUGUACUCUGUAGACUUGUGGCGUGACCAGGUCCAGCAUUUCAUUGAAGAGGUUAUCGGUGAACCAGUUUAUAUCGUGGGAAACUCUCUUGGAGGUUUUGUUGCUCUAUAUCUUGCUGCAUCCAGUCCACACCUUGUAAAGGGGGUCACGUUGCUUAAUGCAACGCCAUUUUGGGGUUUCCUUCCUAAUCCUGCAAGAUCUCCUCGUUUGUCAAAGAUUUUUCCAUGGGCUGGGACAUUUCCUCUUCCAUCAGUUGUGAGGAAACUUACUGAAACAGUGUGGCAGAAGAUAAGCGACCCAAGAAGUAUACAGAAGAUACUCAGGCAAGUAUAUGCUGAUCACUCAACAAAUGUUGACAAGGUGUUCUCACGUAUUAUAGAGACAACAGAACACCCAGCAGCUGCUGCAUCAUUUGCCUCCAUUAUGUUUGCUCCAAUGGGCCAGAUAUCCUUUCAGGAGGCACUAUCUAGGUGCCAAAAGCAGGACAUUCCCAUUUCCCUUAUGUAUGGGAAAGAAGAUCCUUGGGUUACACCUUAUUGGGGUAUCAGAGUCAAGCAGCAGGUGCCAGAAGCACCCUAUUAUGAAAUCAGCCCUGCCGGUCACUGUCCUCACGACGAGGUUCCUGAGGUUAUAAACUAUUUGCUCCGAGGAUGGCUUAAGAAUGUGGAGUCUGAGGGUUCAGUUGACCUCCCAUUUCUUGAAGAUUCCAGCUUUGAAGAACAUGGUGUAUCGAGGGAGCUGGAGUUUGUUAGGACAGGGUCCAAGAAAUCAGUUAGUGUGCGGCUCUUCGGUUCCCAAAUUUCCCUGUGGAACCAACUGAGCUCAUUCUUGAAGCGGCAUGCCUCCAGCAUACGGGUAGUAUCCAGAUGA